GAACGAACGAAUUCAAUCUCACAACACAACUAGUGAAUGCAUCGUGAGUUUUGGAACGUGCGGUAGUUUUUGGGAUUUUAGUAGUUUUAGUGUUUAUAAACAUUACCGAGAAUAAUAUGAGGUUGAAAAGACCUAGUUCGUGCUUAGUUUUAAGGAUAGUUCCAGUCACAACUCCCUCUCGAGGUCACAAAGAAUUUCAUCGAAAACACAAAGAACUAUGGGAAGAUACACUCAUGUCCGGUUUGUCAAACAAGAUUAUGCCGUCUUCACCAGCCACUCUUGCAGAUGUGGAUUCUUACCCCGCUUCGAAAGUUUUGCCCUUCUUAUACCUGGGCAACCUAAAGGAUGCAGCUGAUAUUUCAUGUCUUCGAGUAUUGGGUACCACAUGCGUAUUAAACGUUACAUCACAGUUACCAGGGUACCACGAAGAUUGUGGGAUUACGUAUAAACACAUACCUGCCACCGAUUCAGAGCAUCAAAACUUAAAACAGUAUUUCGAAGAAGCUUUCGAGUUCAUCGAAGAAGCUAGGAAGAGCGGUUCAAGAGUGCUAGUCCACUGCCAAGCAGGAAUUUCUCGUAGCGCAACUAUAGCGAUAGCUUACAUUAUGAAGUAUAAACAAAUGUCUAUGGUAGAAGCUUACAAAAAAGUGAAAGAAGCUCGCCCUAUCAUAUCGCCUAACCUUAACUUCAUGGGUCAACUAUUAGAACUGGAGCAAAAUUUACGAAACGAUAGUAAUAAUUCGAAUCACCAGUGUCAUUGGACACAAGAUGAAGUGACUCCAGGAUGUAGCUUCAAAAAUGGCAUCAUGGUUCUUAAAUCAACUUUCUCAGUUUCUUUAAUUUGAUUUUGACAAUUAAGCUGCUGUAGCUGCUGUAUAACCAUUUCUCCAAUUCAAUGCUUAUCAACAUUUUUCAUGUACUUCCACUCUACCGUUUCGUUUAAUGUUGUCCUAAUAUAUAUUAAACAUUAUUACUGUUUUUUUGUUAUUUAUAAACCACCUCAUAGUUAAAAUCAAAAAUUUAUCACCAAAGUUUCUAAAAAUAAUAUUCAUACAACCACAAUUGAUUAUAAUUACUUCCUUUUGUUGAUAAUUUUGGGUUCCGAUAAUAAAUAUAUUAAAAUAUCCCAAAGUUUCGAUUUAUUUGUUGCUGAAUUAUUUUCUAUUGAAUAAGACCAAUAAAUGAUGAUGAGUAUACUCAUCACUGAAGUGUAUCAGUAAAUAGAAUGCAAUUAUCUAUUCUUUAUCCUCAAUAGUUGAGUCAAGCCUGACUCAGCAUUUUAAAACUACUGUAUUGAGACAAGUAUAUGAAAUAGCUUCCCAACUAUCGAAAUAACGUGAUUCCUAGAAGCUUUAAGUCUUGUACUAUGUUCCACCAAAAGUAACCUGACAGAUGAUAACUGUUAUUUCACUUUCGAGUCAACCAAAUGAGAUAAAAUUUAUUGACACAACUUUGAAAAACAGAAGAGAUAUUCUUCCAAAAUACUUAGGUAAUAGUAUAAUUAUCUAUAUUUACUUUCACACAAGAUGACAAUUUGGUUUAAUAAGAUAACUAUAUAAUAAGAGAAUUAAGAUUAAAAUUGCACAAAUUACUGAAAAGUAGUGACAAUAUUCUGGCCAGAAUAGAAACGUUUGUCUGAUUAUAAAUGAAAAACUUUUGAUACUUUACCCUCGUAGAUUUUUUUUUCUAAAUGAAUAGUUAACUUCUUAAUUCUAAACUAAAAAUGAUUAUAAUAUUGGAAGAAGGGAAUGUGGCCAAAAAUUUGUAUAUUUUCUUCUGGUGGGUAUAUGUUUGGUUCGAAUAAAAAUGUUAUACAUGUAUUAACAUAAUAUUCUUUUGUUAUUUAGAAACAAAUAAUGCAUUUAACGCUUUUUUGUGUGCUUUCUAGCCAUAAUACAUUGAAUAAUGUAUUAGUAACAAAGUUACUUCCUUUUUGUCUUUCAUGGAUAAUUGCUGUUCUAGCAAUAAUUGAAAAAUUUCAUUAAAGGGUAAUUAAAAUUAGUGUUCUAGGAAUUUGUCAUAUUUUGUUUAUAUGGUAUUUCUUUUCAAGCAGCUGAAAAAUGAUUUACCCUGCAUAGUAAGAUAUUGUGCUCGAAAUUUGUAGCAUUUUUAUUAUUGCGACAAUUAUUAUUUUUGUAGUAAGUUGUACAUUAUUUAAAUAUUCUAUUUAUUCACUUUGUAGUUAUUUUAUAAUUCAAAUUGUAUUUUUUUCUCCGGGUGUAAUCCGGGUACAUAAUGUUUUAAUUAAGUUCAUAUUUAGUAAGUAGUUAACGAAAUAUAAAUUUGAGAAAGGAAAUGCCAAAAUCUCAACUAAUAUUUAUAACUAACAUAGACCACCUAAUAAAAAUUGGACUCCUGUAUCAAUUUCUAUAUUGGGUAGCUACAAAAUCUUAAUCUUCUACUCGUAUUCCAAAUUCAUUCAUUUGAAUUAUUUAAACUUUUAAAGCACCAUUAAGAUUUUUCUAAAAGUUAUGACUUUCUCAAAAACAAAUAUGAUGAUUAACAAUAAAAUCAAGUGUUCUGAUUUAACAAAUUUAAAAUUGAAAGACUUGUCUAAGUAAUAUAUAGCCAUAAUAUAGUGAUAUAAUGGAGAAAUAUAAUCAUUGAACAAAUGUUUAUGUAAAAUAGAAAUGUUGUUAAAAAGAUUUUAGAUAGAAGCGUAUUUCCCCUUGUCAGCUGGUAUUUCUCAAUGGAAAACUCCAUCCUUAUGAAUUUCUUGAUAAAUUUAGAUGUAAUUUUUUCAUAAUCUACAAUUUUCCAUUCCAUUCUUUGAUUUCUCGAAGUAUCUUUAUCUUUUAGUGGGUCUAUAUUUUCAUUUACUUUUCCCUUCUGUUUCCAAUACGUUCUUCAAUUCCCUAAAUAAUAUCUAUUUUUCAUUCUUUUCUGAGUCAUAUUAGUAGCUAAGUUGCAAUAUAAACGUUUUUCCAGUGAAUAAAUAUUGGUCUAAAUAACUCCUCUGCAGGGAAACGCGAAAGCAAAUAAUCUGGCGAAAGGGAGACUGAGAUCCCUUUCACCAGACCAGAACCUGUUUUCCAAGGGAAUCUCAUAUAAGCCGAAUUGAAAAUAAUAGAAAACCUCUUGUGCACUCAUCCUCGAGAGCUAUGAUCGCGAAAUAUUUAACAAAGAUAUGAACCUAAGUUCAGGCUUUCUUACAUGACCAUUUGACUUGAAUAAAUACCUUGAGGACGAAAAAAUGUAAAACAGGUUCUGUGGAGAAGGUUUGAAAUACCUAAUAACUUCUUCAUACACCUAUGCAACAUGUGCCCGGGUAUUUGGGUAGACCAAGAUCGAGUGCAUGUAUGCACAAACCCCUAAUGUCUGAAUCUAAAUUAUUUUUCUAUCGUAAGUUUACUUUCCAUAUGAUAUCCAACUCUUGUUUUGUAAUUUUAUACUAUAGGUAUGUUAUUUUCAACUAAUGAACUGUUCAAUUUAUUAUAUAGUGUUAAUUAACAAUAAUAAUAUAUCAUAAAUAAAUUGUAUGAUAAAUCAAAACUAAUAUUGAAAAAUUGUUAAAGUCCAUAAAGAUUGAAGUGUGGUAUAUCAAUUAAUAUUUAUUUCUCAAUAGCAGCCUCAUGGCCAUUGUCGAACUCGUAAUGAAAUCUAUUAUUUUUGAUUUAAUUGGAUGAGGAAGAAGAUGAUACGUCUAACCAGGGUUCUGAUAAUUUGCAUUGUGAUUUUUUUAUAGGUUCUAAGUUAAUUUUAGUAAGAUAGGUACAAAAAGAUGCACUUUUAAAAAUAGUUUAGUUUUAUUUCAUAAUUAAUUGAUAUUUAUUAUAACUCAACGCAUAAACUUAGAUUUUGAGAAGGUGGUGAUGAUUGGUAUUUCAAUUUCACAUUUGAUCUUUAUGUUUCGUUACUGCCAUUUCUGGUACACGUCUAUUUGGUAAAAAAUAAAAUAAAAUAGUGCGCAUCUGUUGACAUGUGGCCUAUUCCUGUGUACUGUCUUUGAUUUCGAUAUAGUGCUCAAGUCACCAAAAACUAAAAUAAAUUUGAGGGAGUAACAACUAAAUACCUGGAUAGAACUUCCUCACCUAAUACAAUGUUUGUGAUUUGUUUGGUUAAUCGUAAAUAGGUACUGGAAUCAAGUGACUAUUUUUUAUUUCUAACAAUUGGCGCCUAAAACUUAUUUAAAAAAAACAAAAACAGUAAGCUAAAAGCCACUGAACUUAUCUAUCAAUGAAAAGAUGGAGAUAUAACUUAUCUAAACCAUCAAUCUGAAUUUGAAUUUGAAUAAUUUAUAUAUUUUAAUCAUAAUUUGACUAAGCUUCUAGAAUAGGUUGCCAUUCGUAUACACAUACACCAUCACAAAAGCUCAAUAUGUAAGACCUAAAAUGUGAAAAAUCUAUGCAAUACUUAAUAGAACCAACGCUGUCAAAACGAAGUAGAUAUUAGCAUGCAAAUAGAAAUAUCAAUUUUUUUUGUCGUUAUAGACAAUUGGAGGAAAGUUUUUAUUUAUUUUAUAUAUUUUCGUUGUAAACUUUUAUCUACACAAAAAUUGAAACUAAUUGUUUUAUAAACUAAAUCGCAUCUACUGAUCAAGCCCUUAAAAUUACUUUUCAAGAUUAAGAAUUCACACCUUUUUCUAAGUAGUUCAAGAAAAUGACCGAAUUAUACCUGCAUCAUAGAAGUAUUGUUAUUUGCCAGUAAAACUGUGUUGAAAAUCAAUAUUAUGGAAAAAAACUCAUUUCUAGAAUAGUAAGUACCGAAAGUAAGUGACCCAUAUGUUCAGUGCAGUAAAAAGGUCUAUCACUAAAUAUGUGCCUUUAUAUUUGUAAUUCUAAACUGUGUAUAAAUUACAGACUGUAAAAAAGUGUAUGACCAUGUAAAUACAAUAAAAUGUUAUAAAGAUA